GCAGCUCACACUAGCUUCUCGCCCACCCUAGGGCCAUGUCCCUCAGACUCAUUCUGCUCCAGACAUAUGCACGGACUUUAUUCUUUAAGCUAAGUGCAAAACUUAGUAAUACCGCUUUUCCUUUCUUUCUUUUCUCUUCUUUCUUUCUUCUUCUCCCCUCUUCCCAACAACUGAAUCAUGCCAUGGGUUCUGAGGAACUGGGUCGGGAAUAUUUUUCUUGUGGUCCAGUUCCUCGACUUUCGGGCGCUGUGCAAUGAUAGACAGUCUCAGCCAGGCGCGUUUUCCUUUCCGGACAAGAGGCAAGAACACUUUAUCAAGACUUUGCCAGAGUAUCAUGUGGUGGUUCCUAUCAAGGUAAAUGCGACUGGACAUUUUUUAUCGCAUGCUUUGCACCAUCAUGCCCCCAGUGUGGGUAAUGCUAGGAGGAAAAGAGAUCUGGAGCACCAAGAUGACCAAGUGUAUUACAAAAUUGCUCAUGAGGACAAGGAGCUGUUUUUUAAUUUGACAGUCAAUCAAGGAUUUCUUUUCAGUAACUACAUCCUGGAGAGACGAUAUGGAAACCUCACAGGUGCCCAAAUGGAAUCCCAUUCAGGCUCUUCCUGCCACUUCCAUGGUACAGUGCUGCUAUCAGGAGUUGGAGAUGGCACUGCAGCCCUUAGUGCCUGCAAGGGACUGACUGGAUUUUUUCGCCUGCCACAUGGAGACUAUUUCAUUGAACCUGUUAAAAUGCAUCAAUUGGUUGAAGGAAAGCAUCACCUACAUAUCAUUUACAAGAGACAAGUACAUCCAGAUUCUCUGAGGAAGAAGUGGGGCUCUCUGGAACAAAAGGAACCUGCUUGUGGAUUAAAUGAUAGUCAUGCAGUUUUCCAGCAGCAAGAACAACAGCGAGAAAGGUGGGAGAGAAACAAUGUGCCGAAGAAAAGACUCUCUCGGCGAUCCAUCAGCAAAGAACGAUGGGUGGAGACCCUGGUUGUAGCAGAUACAAAGAUGAUUGAAUACCAUGGAAGUGACAGUGUGGAAUCUUACAUCCUCACUAUCAUGAACAUGGUCACUGGAUUAUUCCAUAAUCCGAGCAUCGGCAAUGCCAUUCAUAUUGUAGUGGUCCGGCUCAUUCUACUAGAAGAAGAAGAGCAAGGAUUGAAAAUAGUUCACCAUGCAGACAAGACGCUGGCCAGCUUCUGCAAGUGGCAGAAAAGCAUCAACCCUAAGAGCGACCUCAACCCUGCCCAUCAUGAUGUGGCCGUCCUCCUAACCAGGAAAGAUAUCUGUGCUGGGGUUAAUCAUCCCUGUGAAACCCUAGGCCUGUCACAUCUCUCUGGCAUGUGCCAGCCUCACCGGAGCUGUAAUAUCAAUGAAGACUCAGGACUCCCCCUGGCUUUCACAAUUGCCCAUGAGCUUGGGCACAGCUUUGGCAUCCAGCACGACGGAAGAGAAAAUGACUGUGAGCCUGUGGGAAGGCACCCCUAUAUCAUGUCCCGUCAGCUCCAGUAUGACCCCACUCCUCUCAUAUGGUCCAAGUGUAGCAAGGAUUACAUCACUCGCUUCCUUGACCGAGGCUGGGGGUUCUGUCUGGAUGAUGUCCCCCAGAAGAAAGGUUUGAAGUCCAAGGUCAUUGCUCCUGGAGUGAUCUAUGACAUCCACCACCAGUGCCAGCUGCAGUACGGUCCCAACGCAACUUUCUGUCAGGAAGUCGAUAACAUUUGCCAGACAUUGUGGUGCUCAGUGAAAGGCUCGUGCCGCUCCAAGCUGGAUGCUGCUGCAGAUGGGACCAGGUGUGGAGAGAAAAAGUGGUGUAUGGCUGGCAAGUGCAUCACAGUGGGAAAGAAACCAGAGAGCAUCCCUGGAGGCUGGGGCCGUUGGUCACCUUGGUCACAUUGCUCCAGGACCUGUGGGGCUGGAGUUCAGAGUGCAGAGAGACUCUGCAACAACCCUGAACCCAAGUUUGGAGGGAAGUAUUGCACUGGAGAAAGAAAGCGCCACCGCCUGUGCAACAUCCACCCCUGCCGCGUGGAUGUGCCAACUUUUCGGCAGAUGCAGUGCAGUGAAUUUGACACAGUGCCCUACAAAAAUGAGUUCUACCAUUGGUUUCCAGUUUUUAACUCAGAAUAUCCCUGUGAACUCUACUGUCGACCCAUUGAUGGACAGUUUUCUGAGAAAAUGCUAGAUGCUGUUAUUGAUGGUACACCUUGUUUUGAAGGAGGCAACAGCAGAAAUGUCUGUAUUAAUGGCAUAUGUAAGAUGGUUGGCUGUGACUAUGAAAUCGAUUCCAAUGCCACUGAAGAUCGUUGUGGUGUGUGCCUGGGAGAUGGCUCUGCCUGCCACACUGUGAAGAAGAUGUUCAAACAGAAGGAAGGAUUUGGCUAUGUUGACAUUGGGCUUAUUCCAAAAGGAGCAAGAGACAUUCGAGUCAUAGAGGUUGAAGAAGCUGGAAACUUCCUGGCUGUCAGAAGUGAAGACCCAGAAAAGUAUUACCUAAAUGGGGGAUUUAUUAUCCAGUGGAAUGGAGACUACAAGCUGGCAGGGACAGUCUUCCAGUAUGACAGGAAAGGUGACCUGGAAAAUCUGAGGGCAGCUGGCCCUACCAAUGAAUCUGUGUGGAUACAGCUCCUAUUCCAAGUGACUAACCCUGGCAUAAAGUAUGAGUACACAAUACGGAAAGAUAGCAGCACUGAAAAUGAUGUGGAGAAGCCAGAGUAUUUUUGGCAAUAUGGCAGCUGGACAGACUGCAGUGCAACAUGUGGGUCAGGUAUUCGCCGCCAGACUGCCCGCUGUAUGAAGAAGGGGAAAGGCAUGGUCAGAGCUACAUUUUGUGACCCUGAAACCCAGCCUAAUGGCAGGCAAAAGAAAUGCUAUGAAAGGAAUUGUCCACCCAGGUGGUGGGCAGGAGAAUGGCAGGCCUGUUCAGCAACCUGUGGACCUCAAGGAGAGAAGAAACGGACAGUGUUGUGUAUUCAGACAGUGGGCUCUGAUGAGCAAGCCCUUCCUGCUAAAGACUGCCAUCAUCUGCUUAAGCCAAAGGCUCUCAUUUCCUGCAACAGAGAUGUCCUGUGUCCAUCCGAUUGGACAGUGAGCAACUGGAGUGAGUGUACUGUUUCCUGUGGUGGAGGAGUGAGGACUCGAAAUGUCACUUGUGCCAAGAACAAUGAUGAGCCAUGUGACUUCACAAAGAAGCCCAAUAGUCGAGCUCUGUGUGGUCUACAACAGUGUCCUUCUGGCCGGCGGCUACUAAUCCCUCCUCUGAAACCCAAGAGAGGACCAAUUUCCAACGGGAGACCUCUACCCACACCUAAGUCAACCCCCUCAAGACCUAUCCCUCCCCCUACACCUAGUCCCAGAGUUCUGACUACAACCAUAAUGCCUGAAUCUGUGAGCCUGAGCACUAUGACAAGUAUUAGCACAAGUCCUACCAUGUCUUCCAAAGAUCAAGACCCAGCAAGAAAAUUGCAAAAUAAUUCAAUCCCCUCUGAGCCAGAUACUCGUCUUUCCACUGAUCCCACUCAAAGCACAUCACAGUCAAAUCCUGCUACUGGGUCUGUGAGUACCCAGACAAUAAGCAGAAUUAUAACUAGCAAUGGGAACAUUUCCCAUUCAGAAAUGACAUCCACCUCUAAAGUGGACUUUGUGGUCAAAACAGAUGUCACUCCUGUGUUGCCAUUCACCACAAGCCCAAUGACUUUGCAAGUGACUCCCGUUUUUGACCACUUGACUGAAGGGCCAGAAAUAGAAGUCCACAGUGGCUCAGGAGAAGACAAUGAACAGCAGGUAGACCAAACCACAGAUGGUCCUGUAACAUGGACCAAAAGCAAAAGCCUCACAGACCAGUCUCCAGCUACAAAUGCCAUAAGUAUGCCACCCCAGGCUCAACCAACACCAUACCUCAGUGAUCCUGCCACAGGGUAUUCAUUCAGCACAACAGCAGAUGGGCUAUUGCCUUCAACAAGGACCAGCCAACAACCCACUACUUUCAAAUAUGGCACCAUGAAUGUCAAUGCAAUAGUCACCAAAAAACCUUCCCUCCUACAACUACCGCCAGGAAGGAAAAUUGAACCAAUGCCACAUGAGAAGUUGUCAACCCACCUGGAAACAGAACCCAUAAGCAGCAAGACUCCAUCACAAGGCCUUGAAUCUGAUUUAACUGAGGAGGAUGCAAAGAAUCUGAUUGCAGAGGGGUUUUUGCUGAAUGCCACAAAUUAUAAGCACCUCCAAGUGCCCAACCCAACACAAAGCACCGCCUACUGGAUUGUGGGCAACUGGAGUGAGUGUUCCACCACCUGUGGCUUAGGCGCUCUUUGGAGACAUGUGGAAUGCAGCACUCAGGUUGACUCUGACUGUGAGUCCGUUCAGAGGCCUGACCCUGCCAAGAGAUGUCACCUGCGCCCCUGUGCAGGCUGGAAAGUGGGCACCUGGAGCAAGUGCUCCCGAAAUUGUGGGGGAGGCAUCAAGGUCCGGGAGGCUCGAUGCGUGAAUAGCCAUGACUACAGGAACCUGAGGCCAUUCCAUUGUCAAUUACUUGAAGAUAAGCCCCAGCUGAGCACCACUUGUAACAUGGAGCCCUGCCUAGAGUGGAAGACAGAGCCCUGGAGCCAGUGUUCCAAAUCCUGUGGAGGUGGCACUCAGGAGAGGUUGGUGCAUUGCCCAGGAGGCCAUUGUGAUUGGCAGAUGAGACCUGACUCCACUAGGCAUUGUAACAGUCAUUCUUGUUCCCACUGGGUAAAAGGGACAUGGAAUUUGUGUACCGUUUCCUGCGGUGGUGGCAUUCAGCAAAGGACUGUUCAAUGUAUCAACCCAGAGAGCAAUAAAACAGAGCACCCCAGCCUGUGUGAGUACAUCCCCAAACCUCUGGAAUCACAGAAAUGCAAUGAACAAGAAUGCAGGAAAAACACAGAUCUACCUUGCAGCAAGGACAAGCUAUCAUCCAGUUUCUGCCAGACACUGAAAACUAUGGGCAAAUGCUCCAUCAUCACUCUAAGAGCUCAGUGCUGCUACACAUGUGCCAGGCCUCCCACCAUCCAGGCUCGACAGCAGAAAAAUCAACAGGGCUUCAGAAAAUCCAAACUGCUCUGAAGUCAGAAGGAAUCCAUCCUCCACCAAAGACAGCAACAACCUGCUAGACAUGAUGAGUUCUGGGCUCUGGGUUAAUUUUAUUGAGGUCUCAGUUCAUUUAUUUUAUUUGAAACUGGGUCAUUAAAACAAUCCUAUUGUGUCCCUCUAUCCUAAGGGAUGUUGUGGAGCUGUAUGUAAUAUGUGCUGAUCCCUGGCAGAAAGGUGUGAUAUCCAAUCAGGUUAGCUCUAUGGAUUCCUGCCAUUCGUUACAGGGUAUAACUUCUAUGAAAGGUACUGAAUUGGAUAAUUCUAUAAAGUCUUGUGCCUCCUCAAAGAAGGAAAAGUCUCAUAUUUCCAUUCUACCUCAGGCAUGCCAAGACAGAGAACUGUGGUUAUAGAGGGUGCAAUGAAAUCCUACUGAUUUCUCUCUAUGAGUGCACCCCACCCUCUUACCUGCCCAUCAAAACUGUUUAGCAUCCUCAAAGGGAUAGGUCUUAACAGUGAUAUUUACCUACACCUAACCCAGACUGAGGGAAAAGCUUUAUCUGACCAAUAUCCAAUGGAAAGCAGAAUGGAAGAAUUAGUAUUUCCCUUCACUAAUCACCCCCCCCCCAUAGCCCUCUGUGUGGAUUGUGUCUCUACUCUGAGAUAUUAGACUAAUAGAAACAAGCUUAAACUGAAUGCUGAGGAAUUAAGGAUGAAUUGUUAAAUACUGAGAGGGUCUACCAAAGGUGAGGGGGAAAAAAAACACCUGGCUGUCUGAAAUAUACAUACAUAUAUACAUUCAUAGUAAUUUCUAUUAUAAAGUAAUCUGCUUUUAUUUUCUCUUCUACACCAGGAAAUAUCCUUUCACUAGGACAGAAGCAGAUGCCUCUCCUCUACCUACCUGAUUCUACUUCCAAGCUUAUUCCUGAUAAAAUCACUUUACUGCUGAUAGAUCUGCUGUGGGUUACCCUGUGCAAAUUAGUAUAGACAUAUCAUUAGCAACCCUGAGUUGAAGAAUUAGAUGCUAGAGGAUGGUCAGUAAAACCGAAGUUAAACUUCAAAAAGAACAAGGAAAUUGUGUAAAAGUAAGAACCUGGUAUUAAAUUCUCCAAUCUAGUACAAGCAGCUUCCUCAAUUAUAUCCUCAGAGAGCCUCAGCAUUUAAUGACAUACUUUCCAGAUUGAUAUAGACUACACUGUUUUAGGAAAUGAAUGAGUAAUACCUGUUAGUGCCAAUACGAAGGGUUUUUUAAAAGUUAUUUGUUUUUUCCUGAGGACUGAAAUAAGACUUUUAUGGUUAGAACUGCUAUUUUUGGGAGCUUUUGGCAGAGGGUUCACAAAAUAAACACGAUCAUCCAUAAGAAAGGGUUGUGAUCGGUAGUACAAAGUCUGUAGCUUCAGUGAUAAAGACUAAUGAAGCUUGAAUAGGCCCUCCAUAAAUACUUGUUCAGUAAAAUUCAACAAGAUUCUCCUAUGUACUAGGUUUCAUGCUUGGAGCUGGGAACAUAGAGGCAAAAACUAAUAUUCCCUGCUCCCAGAGUUUACAUUCUACUGGAGGAGGAAAAACACGUAUACAAGUUAAAGUUUAAAAAUAUAUCAUUAGAGCAUGGAUAAAAUAGUCUGAUCAAGAGCAUAUACUUGUCUGGCCUCUGACACUUACUAGCUGUAUGACCCUGGGCAAGUCACUGAACCCCGAUUGCCUCAGCAAAAAUACA